AUGUUUCUUUCCAAAACCUUGGUGCUUAUUGCAGUGCUUUCAACUUCGUACUCAAUUCCGAUUCCAUCAGAAUAUGGUGGAGUCAAAGAAUACAUUGUACCUUCUGAAGUAUUAGUUAAAUCAAAUAUAAUCUCCAACUCCGAGGUUGAACUGAAUACUAAUCACACUGUGGAUGACCAAAUAUCAGUUAUCUCCAGAGGUUCACUUCCAGAAUAUUGUAAGAGAGAACACUACAGCAUCAAGACACCUAGUGAUAUGAAGGUAAUUGAUGAGUGUCAUACUAUUGUUGGUAACAUUGAUGUUUCUGAGUAUAACCACCCAUUGUUGUCCCUUGGUGAUAUUGAAAAUAUUAUUGGUGGGUUGAGUGUCAAAAAGUCGCCAGAGUUAGUCAGACUUGAAGCUCCAGCACUCGCUUCCAUCAGUGAGGGACUUGUUCUUACCGAAUUGACUUCGUUGUCUUUGGUAUCGUUCCCUUCACUUAGGACUGUCAAGGAACUAGAAUGGAGAGUUCUUCCUAUAUUAAGCAACGUUUAUGUAAGUGCUGAUAUCAAUAACAUUGAGAGAAUCACAGUUUCAGAUUCCUCAUUGACAGAAUUCUCAGGAUUCUUAUCCAACAAAUUGGAAGUCCUAGACAUCAAUAAUAAUCGAUUCUUGCAUCAAAUAAACUUUAAUGUUGAAGAAGUGACAAAAGAGUUACACAUUGCCGCCAACCAAGCCGAUGUGAAAGUUUCUCUUCCCAGGUUGAAAUUUGCCAGCAAUGUAAGCAUUCAUGAAGUUGCCGACUUGAACUUAAACGAAUUGGAAUUAAUCAAUGGAUCAGCUAGUUUGACAAAUAACUACUUUACACAAUUGAAAAUACCUAAAUUGAAGUUCAUUGGCGGAACAUUAAGUUUGCUCAAAAAUAAAAUGUUGAAUAGCGUCGACUUCCCAUUAGUUACCGAAAUUGGUGGUGGUUUGAUGCUUGUCAACAAUACCAAGGUUGAAAAGAUCAAUUUCUUCCCCAGUUUGAAUGUGAUUGGCGGUGCAAUUGAGAUUGUCGGAAAUAUCAAAGAAACUAGCUUCAAGCAUCUCAAACUAGUGAAAGGAAGUGCUAGUAUUCAUUCCACAUCGACUUCAUUUGAUUGUGCCAAAUGGCUCAAAAGUGAUAUCAGUUCUGUUAUCAGAGGUGGCAAGAUCGAGUGUAUCAAUGCCAACAACGAAAAAGUUGUAGCCAAUACUCCAACAGAAGGAAACUCCACUGAUGAAGAUUCCAGCUAUCAAUACAAGAACGUCGAAGGA